AUGGUUGUCGGAAUCAUCGCGGCGCUGCUAUGCGCUCCGGCAUUGACCUGGGGGCUCCAACUUCUCCCGCCCCCGCUCCGAACAUCGGGAUCGGCGGCCACCGGAGCGGUGUGGUCGUCGGCAACGAGCCCAAAGACUAUUUUCAUUGAAAACGAGCUUGCAUGCAAAACCGAUACGGAUGGCCUCACAUUAAUACCACCUAGUGGCUUCGACUUUGCCACACUCUUCCGAGAGGACAUCAGCAAGCUCACAGGCGAGAACUGGACUUUGCAGCGUGUGGAUCGCAUCGCCAAUGUCAACGCUAGCGGUAUCCUUCUCGGCUCGUUCACGGGCAACAGAUCUGCGAUCACCUAUCAAAACGGCAAGUCCACAUCGGAAGGCUAUGAGCUUACUGUCUUGCCUACCGCCGCAGUUAUCGGUGGUACCGGAGCCCGGGGUAUGUGGUGGGGAACAAGAACGCUCUUGCAGCUUCUCGUUGCCCAUAAUGGAAGCCUUCCUGUGGGAACGACAAUUGAUGCACCGGCAUACGAGACACGCGGGUUCAUGCUAGACGCCGGCCGCAAGUGGUAUGCACCAGGAUUUUUGAAAGAAUUGUGCAGCUACGCGUCUUUCUUCAAGCUGAGCGAGUUUCACUACCAUCUCUCCGACAACUACCCACUCAAUCGCGGAAAGAACGAAUCAUGGCAAGACGUCUAUUCACACUUCUCAUUGAGACCCGAGGACGAGUCACUGCUACCAAUUCUGCAUGGCCGCGACAAUGAGACUCUGAGCCGAGAGGACUUUGUCGAUUUGCAAAGCCAUUGCGCUGCGAGGGGUGUCACUGUCAUUCCCGAGAUUGAGGCUCCUGGCCACUGCCUGUAUCUGACAAAGUGGAAGCCAGAACUAUCUCUGGCAAAGCGCGACUUACUCAACCUGUCGCAUCCGGACACUAUCCCAGCGGUGAAGCGCAUCUGGUCUGAGUUUCUCCCUUGGUUCGAGACUAAGGAGGUCCAUGUGGGCGCGGACGAGUACGACGCUACGCUCGCCGACGACUACAUCGGCUUUGUAAACGAGAUGUCGGAGUUCAUCAACUCCACAACCGGCAAGAAAAUUCGUAUUUGGGGAACAGAAGAGCCCUCAGAGAAUCUCACCAUCUCGAAAGACGUCAUCAUCCAACAUUGGCAAUACGGGCAGUCGGACCCAGUGCUCCUUGCCAACACUGGAUACGAAAUCAUCAACUCAGAAGAUUGGUGGGCAUACAUGUCCAUCAAGAACGAUCACAUGCCCAUUCUUCCGGCUAGAUACCCACAAUUCUUCAACGAGAGCCGAGUGCUCAACUUCGCCGAUGAAUCGGGCUGGCAAUGGACACCGGCCGAUUACAACCCGUUCAACAAGACUGAGCAGGUGCCGGACGCGUCUCCAGAUAAUAAAGGUGCCAUUUUGGCAGCAUGGAAUGAUAACGGGCCAGACGCAUCUACUCAGCUUGAAGCAUACUACGCAAUGCGUCGGGGAAUUGCACUAGUUGGAGCCCGAUCCUGGUCUGGCAGCCGUGGCCCCAAGCUUGUGGACGACGACGUCUCAAACAGCAUCGAUGUCUUCUCGCCUAUUGCACCUGGGCAGAAUCUGGACCGAGUUUUACCGCCCACUGGUUCUUCCAAGUCUCUCAUUUCGUGGAGUCGCUCUGACAAAGACGUGGCAGAGGUGCAUCUUGGACGUGGUAGCAAGGGAAUGAACUAUUCCCUUACACUCAACGCAACGGGUCCCUUCACUCUCUCAGGCCCAGACAACACACUAUCCCUUGGGAACGACGGAAGACUUGUUUUCAAUACGGAUGGCUACCUAUACCCCCUGCGAUCUGUGAACGAGAAGGACGCGCUUGAACUUGAUCCUGGACAUCCGGGACGCAUUUGGGUGAAUGUAAGCACCUCGACACAUGAUCCGGUGACGGUGUCGGCACUACCAGCAGAGAUAAGGAUUGAGACCGAUGUCUUGCAUGGCAGCGUAGCAUGGAUUAACGGGGUGUUUGCCGGACGAUUUGAGGUAUUCGUCUACGGCGGUCGCAACACGCAAUUCAGCUGGAGCCAAAUGGCCUUUGUUGCUCCCCUUGACAAUAUCACAGGGUCAGGACUGCAAGGUCUUGUUGUUGAGGACCUUCAAAAGAAUAGCACUAGGUAUCGGAGGUAA